AGGGCUGGGCAGGGUGCACCAGCGCUGAGAGGGGAGCGCCCGAGGAGUCAGACACACUAAGUCCGCCGAGCACUAUGCCGCCGGCCGUUCUACCAGUUUGUUUUGCUUUGUUGCUCCUGCCCCUGCUUCCUCUACCCCAAGCCGGAGAUCUCCCAACCAUGGAUAGCGUGUCUACGGGCACCUGCAUCAGUGCCAAAACACUGUGCCUGGAAGACUCCACUUGUAGUACCUCCUUCCUCUUUUUGGAAACUUGCUUACCUUUUAUGGUCUCAGCAACUCAAAAGCCUGAAAACCAGGAAGACUGCCUGAAGGCAGCACAACAGCUUCAGAAUAACUCUCUUAGCAACUGCAGAUGCUUUUGGCGCAUGAAGAAUCAGGACAACUGCCUGGCUAUCUACUGGACCAUCCAUUCUCCUUAUGGCUUUGGUCACUAUGAUUUGGGAGGCUCACCAUAUAAGGAAAUUGUGAUCAACAAACCCUGGAAAUUUAAUCAUCUGGACUUGUUGGAGUCAGGCUCCGUGUCCCAAAGCAGCCCUGAUCUCUGCCUGAAGUCCACCACUCUGUGCACCUUGAAUGACAAAUGUAACAAGUUGCGCCUGGCCUAUGGGGAAGUCUGCUCAGUGGCUCGAUGUCAACCCUUAAAGUGUCAGCAGGAGCUCCGUGUCUUCUUUGAGCAGGUAGCAGACUACUAUGCCCAAGCACUCCUAUUCUGCCCUUGUGAUGAUGGGGAUGAUGCCUGUGGAGCACGACGGCGCAACACCUUUGCCCCUAGCUGUGCCUCUCCAACCAGAGACCCCCCCAACUGCCUGAUGCUUUGGAACAUGUGCCUUCAAGACUUGCUUUGCAGAUCUCGCCUGGCUGAUUUUCAGAUGUACUGCAUUCACAUGGACCCUCUGGUGACUUGUGUAGGGACCCAGCUCCACCGGUGCCUAAAGGCAUAUAUGGGCUUGAUUGGUACUGUUAUGACCCCCAAUUACAUCAGCAACCUCAGUACUGAGGUUGCUGUGGGCUGUUCCUGCAGGGGCAGUGGUAACCAACUGGAAGAGUGCAAGCACAUACAGGAUUCCUUUUCCAGAAAUCCCUGCCUUACAAAGGCUAUUAAAACUCAGAUGCAGUUUUACCACCAACGGCUUUCCAAAAGCUCUUCCUCUGCCAUCUCUCAGGAGACCUUUCAAGACCCGGGGAACCCCUCCUAUUCUGUGAAUGUAAACCAGGAUAACAGUCUGGCUGGAAGACUGCAACCCUGGGUCUCCAUCAUCUCCUUGGGUUUCCUGACCUUAGUUCUGCUUCCACUCCCUGUUUUCGGUCACUUAUAAUAAAUAGUACUUUGCUUAUGGUCCCUCUCCCGCCUUGCAUAUCAUCUCCUUGAGACUCCCAGCCAGAGCUGUUUUAAGAUUGCAGAAGGGAGAAUCUGGAGGGGCAGAAAAAAAGAUUGUGCCUUGCCUGCCCCAGACUUUCAUUUAAAAAUAAUUACUAGAAGAGGUCUGAAAAGAAAGAAAAAUCUGUCAUAUAACAUGGAGAAAAAAAUUGGAAAAUAAGAUAAAGAAAAUAAGAACUGGUGCUGUCUUUUGAGGCUGUUCUUUCAAUAGCAGAAAAGGAGUUCUAUGAUUAUUCCUCCAAGGUAUAUCCUUCAUAGUGGUCCUGUGUUCUAGAUGAUGCAACACUCAGGGAUUGGAGGGAACAGAAGAUAGAAUAUUAAACUUUAUAGAAUGAGCUCAAUUGAAUGAGGUUAUCUUGGGCUGUCAAUUUCUUCCACCCUGGAUUAUUUGCCUCUAGGUAUUGUGGAUUGGAUGACUUUCUCUGAUUGCCUAGCAGUGGGAAUUAGCCUAUGAAUUAAACCAAAUUCUCUCUCCUUUCCCUAGUGUAAAGCCUUUCCCCCCAUGAGCUACUCUUCCCUCCAGUCUUACAAUUUUUAAAAUUUAAUCAUGGAACAAAGAUUUAGUAAAUGCCUACUAUGUGAAACAUUGGUUAUUCUCUUAAAACCUAGUGAAAUAAUUUGCCAAUUUUGUAUCACUAGCCAAGCAGAAUGGUUAAUCCCUCCCAUUCCUCUUAGUAAAAAAAUAAAACAAAAUUCCCACAUCUUCUCCAAUCCUUAGCCUCUAAUCUGAAUGACAAAAGAGGCAUUCUGGACAGUAGUUCUAGAGCAGGUACCCAGAUCUUUUUGAGAUUCCUGAGUGGGUCCCCCUGUGCCCUUCUCUGAUAUGCUAAUUUUACCCCAAUUCCCCUUCCUUCAGUUAUAUAAUCAUUAAAUAUUUCAGUUUAAAA